UUUAGACCUUUCGUUAAUUAGUCUUUGGCUGCCGUUCAGACCAACUGAUAUCAUGGGUUUGGUUCAGCUUUGCUUAUUUUCACACGCCAGAGGAGGACUGAUUGGAAGCGCUCGGCGAUGUUACGGGGUUCCUGCACUUGGCUGGCCAACAUCAAUCUCACACACUGAGCAAGUCGAGAAAGAAGGUAAGUUUAAGGUUAAAGCAUUGGAAAUAAACAAAAUUGGGGGUUUGCAAGUACUGAAUAGUUUGAAGGAUCGUCCUUAUCGUGCUAUGUCGUUUCUGAAACGAAUUGAAGGAAACAGGGCUUUGCUUUGUGUCCAAGCUUAUGCCACUGUUAUCAGAAUGCUGUGUAGCUGUAGUUAUCGUUUAGAUCAGAAGCUGGAUCAGUUGCUCAUGGAACUUAUUAAGAAAGGAGAUGAGGCACGUGGUUUCAGUGUCAGGGAUUUGUUGAAUGCAAUUGAAGAACAAGAAGAGGGAGAAGCACAAGGUUCAUCAUCUCUGCUGUUCAGGCUCUAUGGUUCCUUGGUUCGAGCUUAUGCUAAUCUCAACAUGUUCAGCCAAGCUAUCGAUACUUAUUGUUACUCCACGCCGUGUACACGUUCGUUGAAUUUCAUAGUUAGCCGUAUGAAUGCUUGUGGUGAAUACGCUAUGGCUCUGAUUCUCUUCCGUAAAUAUGGUUCUGUUGUUGCGGAUGAUGAUGCGGAUACACGUUUGCUUGUGGUCAAGGCGUAUCGUAAAGUGGUCAUUGGUUUGUGUGAGGAGAUGAAAAUGGAGGAAGCUGAAGAGCUUGUUGAUGAGAUGGAGAAGAAACAUGGGAUUGGUCAGGAUGUGUGUGUUUACUCGUCCAUCAUUGAAGGACAUCGCAAGAAGAUGAACUUCCCUAGAGCUUUGCAGUUUUUCAACGAUGUUGUGGUGGGGAGAGGUGAGAGAAUGAAGAUAAACCGUGUGAUUGCAAGCUCCAUCCUUGACUGCUGCUGUCACAUGGGCAAGUUUGCGGAAGCUUAUGAUCUGUUUAUCCAGUUUCGAGAGUUAAACGUUUCACUAGAUAGGGUUUGCUACAACGUGGCGCUUGAUGCUUUGGUAAAACUCGGCAAAACGCAAGAGGCGCUUGAGUUGUUCAGAGGAAUGACGCGUAAUGGAAUAGCUCCUGACGUGAUCAACUACACGACUUUGAUAGGUGGUUUCUGUGCACACGGCGAAGUCGGCCAAGCCCUUGAUCUGGUUCUGGAAAUGGAAAAAGAAGGUAAAAAGCCUGAUAUCGUCACGUACAACGUACUCGCCGGUGGGUUAGCUAGGAACGGUGAUGUAGAGAGCGUAAACAGAACGCUAGAACUAAUGGAAAGUCGAGGUGUAAAGCCCACUAACGUUACACGUAACAUGGUCAUCCAAGGCUUUGUUGUUGCAGGCAAAACACACGAGGCUGAUGCUUACUAUGAUAAAUCUCAGGGAAAUGAUGCAAGUUUCAUAAAAGCUUAUUGUGAAACUGGUCGUCUUGAUGAGGCCGUUGAACGAUUCAACAUGCUAGACGUCCCUCUUCCCAAGAAUGUCUACUUCAUACUAGUCAAGAGCCUUUGCGCCAGUGGUGCUCAUCACAUCUACAAAGCUCAGGUAGUACUAAACAGAAUGUACAAACUUGGAGUUGAACCUGGGAAGAGCAUGCAUGGGAUCAUGAUCAGCGCUUGGUGUCGAGUUAGGAAAGUGGAGAAUGCCCUGCGGAACUUCAAACUUUUACUUAAUUCUAGGGAGAUGAUCCCUGAUAAGUACAUUUACACAACCAUGAUUAACAGCUACUGCCUGAUGGAACGGUUUGAUGAAGCCUAUGCUAUUUUUAAGGACAUGAAGAAGAGAAGAGUCAUUCCUGAUUUGGCAACAUACACAAUUUUGCAAGAUCACGACCCGAGACCUGAUAUCAUGAGAGAUAUGGAGGCCCGUAACUUUGAACCAGACGUUUACUACUACACGGUUUGGAUUCAUUGGGAGUGCAGAAUUGGGGAAGUUGAAACUGCGGAAAAGAUGUUUCGUCAAAUGAUUGAAAGUGGGGUGGAGCCUGAUGAUAUGGCCUACGCAGUACUAAUCAAUGGCUGUUUCAAUAAUAAAUGUGAAGAUAAGGCGCAGAAGCUUAUUCAUGAGAUGGUGGUGGAAAAGGGGUUGAGGCCACCUGAAGUUUGCAUUGUUAGAUAUGUUGAACUUAUUCAAGAGAUGGUGGAUAAAUGGAUGAUGACGCCAUCUAAAGCUUGUGAGGAUCUUUAUCUACUUAUGCAUGAGAUGGUGGAAAACGGGAUGAGGCCAUCUAAAGAUUGCAUUGAGCUAUAUGUUAAACUCACCGGAGAGAUGGUGGAAGAUGGGAUGAUGACGCCAUCUAAAGCUUGCGAGGAUCUUUGUGUACUUAUGCAAGCGAUGGUGGAAAAGGGGAUGAUGACACCUAAAGAUUGCAUUAAGCUAUAUGUUAAACUCACCGGAGAGAUGAUGGAAAAUGGGAUGGAGUUAUCUAAACCUUGCAAGGAUCUUUGUGUACUUAUUGGAGGGAUGUUGGAAAAGGGGAUGACGCCACCUAAAGCUUGCAUUGGUCUAUAUGUUAUACUUAUGGAAGAGAUGGUGGAAAAUGAGAAGACGACACAUGAAGCUUGCAAAUAUCUGUAUGUUAUAAUAAUUCAAGAAAAGGUGGAAAGGGGGAUGAAGCCAUCUAAAGCUUGCAAAGAGGUAUAUUGUAUACUUAUUAAAGAGAUGAUGGUGGAUAAUGGGAUGAGGCCACCUGAAGCUUGCAAAGAUCUGUAUGUUGAAUUUAUUCAUGAGAUGGUGGAAGAGGGGUUGAGGCCACCUAAAGCUUACAUGGAUCUAUAUGUAAAACUCACUGAAGGGACGGUGGAAAGUGAGAUGACGUAGUUGUGGAUACACUAAUGGCCAUGUGGGUUUCUCGCAGAUUCUCUGUCAGAUGUAACAGUUUGUAACGGUUAUAUAGUUCUUUUACAACAACUUUACAUCAUCUAUUUGAAAUGCUUCAGGCAU